UUGAUUGGUAAACACUGAACCGAAUCGAACUUACAAGACCACAGCCUCAGCCAAUCAUCGAAGUCAAGGGGCAUCUCGAAGACUUGCACCGACUUCCUCGAAAGAAGCCCAACUUAUAAACCCUAAAAAAAAAGUUCUUGUUUAAAAAUCCCCUGAUCGUAAUUGCUACUCUCGUAUUUUCUCAAUCUCUUCCAAUUUUGUUUAAUCUUCAGCUUCACCAACACCUUUACAUCGUCCUUUUUCAGUUUAGCUGUUCGAGAAGAUUGAACUUUGUGCUUCUAAUCCAAUGGCUACAAAUGUGGAUAUGUCUCUUGAUGACAUAAUAAAGAGCAGGAAAAAGAAUGAGAGAGUUAGAGGACAAGGUGGGGCCCUUCGUGGGCGUGGCCGCGGCCGCGGUCGUGGCCGUGGUGUCCCGGGCAGUUCUUUUAAUAAUGGUGGUGGAAGAAUGCUGGGGCCUGUUCGUAGAGGUCCUCUCACAGUGAAAGCUCGACCAUCAUCAUAUACCAUUGCCAAGUCUUUUCGCAGAACCAAGAAUUUUCCCUGGCAACAUGAUUUGUUUGAAGACAGCCUUAGAGCUGCAGGAAUAUCUGGAAUAGAAGUUGGCGCAAAGUUAUAUAUUUCAAACUUGCAUGUUGGAGUAACCAAUGAAGAUAUAAGGGAACUUUUCUCUGAGAUUGGAGAACUGAAGCGAUAUGCCAUUCAUUAUGACAAAAAUGGUCGUCCCAGUGGAUCAGCUGAAGUUGUGUAUACCAGAAGAAGUGAUGCAUUUGCAGCACUUAAGCGGUAUAACAAUGUAUUGCUUGAUGGAAAGCUCAUGAAGAUUGAAAUUGUGGGCCCCAAUGCGGAAGUGCCUAUCUCAGCUCGUGUGAAUGUAAGCGGGGUGAAUGGAAGGCGGAAGAGGACAGUGGUUAUGACGCCAGCAUCAGGUCGACCAGGGCCCUCAGCUGCGAUAAACCGUGGUUCUGGUCAGAACCGUCGUGGAGGUCUUAGGAAUAACCGUGGAGGUGGACGUGGUGGUGGUCGUGGACGCGGUAUUGUCCAGGGGAAGAAGAAGCCUGUUGAUAAGUCAGCUGAUGAACUGGACAAAGAACUGGACAAAUAUCAUGCUGAAGCGAUGCAGACUUAGUUGAUUUUCAAGCAGUGUGAACUGGAAUUAGUAUUAGUCAAUGUUAGCAGGCAGUUGUACAAAAUGAUCUAUACUAUUGGGGUAUUUUCCGAGUCUCUAUUUUCGUUAUGCGUAUGCACGCCUUACUAGUGAUAUACUAGGCUUGUUGCUAAUGGAGCUGUUGGAUUUUUAUGAGAAUUUGGCAUUUGAUCUCA